UGCCCACCCUCGUGGACAAAAUGAAUGUGUCUUGGACCUGUCUGAAGGAAACUUCGGAUGAAGUGUUAACAUCAGUGUCUCCUCUUGCAACGCAUGUUGUCAACCAGCAUCUUUCCACUGAUGUUUCCCUUCGGGACGAAACGGUUGAACUACUCAAGCAAGUCAACCUCAAAGGUGAAAGCAAUGUUCGCGGAUACAUUUUUGAAACACUCAUAUUUUCGAACUUUACUAGUGCAUCGGCGCGUUUGACGUUAUUGGGCAUGACGAAGGACAGGAAAGAAGUAAACUUAACCACGUUAUCCCAAGCAGGAGUGGUUCUCAAUCAAAAACAGUUUACGUCUACGUUUGAACCAGAAAAGAAUAUAUGUUAUGCCACUCCAAAUAUGAAGGGUGUUGACUUUAUUUGUCGCUUGAAAGGGAGUACCGUAAUCGGGGGCGUCUUGUCUGUGCAGUGUCCAGAUAUGGACUUGUGGUUUGUUUCUACUGAACUUAUGCAGAUGGAAACCUCGAGCCCAGAAAAAGAAGAUAAGGUCAGUCGUGAAGGCAGAGAUUCCAGUGAUUUGUGUGAGGAGGUUGUCAAAAUGGUAACAUUUGGCUACAUCUAA